UCGCAUUUGAUUGAACAUGGGGUGCACGCAUUAGCAAUUAACAAGGAGCCUUUUGCUUCAAGUUGGAGAUGACAGGCGGCAGAAGGAAUCUCUCCAUUAUAUUCACUUUAAUAUCGCAUAUUCAAUUUCAAACCGCUCUCUGUUUGCUUUUGACCUUCAUUUCUCAUUACAGGCCACCGAUUGCUCAAUUCUCCCUUCUGCUUUCUAGAGUUCAAUGGAUUCGGAUCAUCGUCGCAAAAGAAAUCCUCAGUAUAUUGCUGAUAAUUUCAGCUCAUUGGAUCAGGUUAUACAUGCAUUGAGACAUGAAGGCCUUGAAUCAUCAAAUUUAAUUCUUGGUAUUGACUUUACAAAGAGCAAUGAGUGGACAGGCAGGCAAUCUUUCAGAAGAAAAAGUCUGCAUUCAAUUACCAGCAUCAGACCCAAUCCAUAUGAGCAAGCAAUUUCUAUAAUUGGUCAUACUUUGUCUCCUUUCGAUGAAGAUGGCUUGAUACCUUGUUUCGGUUUUGGUGAUGCAUCAACACGUGAUCAGCAUGUAUUCAGCUUUUAUCCUGAUCACAGGCCAUGUAAAGGUUUCAAUGAAGCUCUAUCUCGAUAUAGAGAAAUUCUGCCAUACCUGAGCUUAUCAGGUCCGACCUCUUUUGCCCCUAUUAUAUAUGCUGCAAUGAACAUUGUUGAGGAAAGCAAUUGGCAGUAUCAUGUCCUCGUUAUUGUUGCAGAUGGACAGGUUACAAGAUAUCCUGACACACCACCUGGUAGAUUGAGUUUUCAAGAGCAGGAAACCAUAAACGCCAUUGUUGCUGCUAGUCAUUAUCCUCUGUCAAUCAUUCUAAUCGGGGUAGGGGAUGGACCUUGGGAUGCUAUGCAGAAAUUUGACGACAACAUCCCUCAGCGUGCAUUUGACAACUUUCAGUUUGUUAACUUCACAAAAAUCAUGUCCGAAAACACAGACACAUCAAAGAAGGAAGCAGCAUUUGCCCUGGCUGCCUUUAUGGAAAUUCCAUUUCAAUACAGAGCUACCCUCUCUCUGGAGUACUCAAAGAGAGAAUCUGUAAAUGGCACAAGUACAAGGCCGCUGCCUCCUCCUCCUGAAGUCAUUAAUCAUGACAAUGCAGUUGCAAACCAAGAUUUGAAGAACRUAAAUGCUGAAAAACCGAGUGCCUCAGCCGAAUCGGUAUGCCCAAUAUGCCUGACGAAUCCAAAGGACAUGGCUUUUGCAUGUGGCCAUACGACCUGCAAGGACUGUGGCGCAACCAUCUCGACGUGUCCGUUGUGUCGAGAACCUAUAAAGAUGCGCUUGAGACUAUAUACCUGAGUUAAUAAAAACUUCCUCGUUGCCCUUGAGGUUGGAACACAGGAAGAAGAACCAACUUUUAUGGGUURGGAGACAGCCUCUUUGAAACUGGAAUGAAUGUUGUAAUCAUUCUYUUGUAUAAGGAACUGCAUUGUAAAAUUAUUGUCUGAGAAGUUACACUGUUAGAGGAUCAUCCAGUUAUGUUUAUGUUAAUACGAAAAAAGUCGAAAAAAUGUUGCCUCUUCUGAAAAUA